UGUACCUAUUCCACCUAUCGCGGUGCCAUCAGCAGGGUCCAUACUCCUAUCAUCAACCAAAGACCGAUAGCUGCACAUCGCCACAUCCACCAUGGCGUAUCUCCUCUACACGAUCGCUUUCUUCACCCUCGUCUGCGGAACAGCCCUCUACCUCACCCGCGCCCGCUGGCUCCCCCUCCUCCCCACCACCUCCCACCUAUACACGCAGCUCCCCUCCUCCUUCCGCUCCGACGUCGAAGCCGGCCUGCACUCGACCAACUUCGACCUCGCGACGAACAUCGAGUCCGGCGACGGAAGAUCUGGGCUCGACGAGGAGGGCAAGCGCGCAGUGCAAAAGAUCAUGCGGAAGCAGAAGGUCGGGUUCGAUGAGGCGCGGCGGAUCUUCAUGGAGCAGCGGUUUAAGAAGGGGGGGAUUAAUCCGGAUGGGACGCCGAGGGAUCCGAAAUUUGUGUCGUUUUCAUGAGCAAAGGGUGGGGUUUCGUUUGUUUAUAUGGGGUUAGGAUGGGGUAUGCGUUGGUUAUAUUCAGCUGGGCGUUGAUUGCUGGAUUUGUUCAUUGUUCUCAGCUUGAUUUGAGGUGAGACUUUUGGCUUAGGACCAGUCCAUGCUCGCUGUUGAGCAUACCUUCGCCGAUGUGCAGUUUCUUAUGUACAUUAUGGAGCACUCUAGGAGCAUUGGGAGCCGCUCCAUUCUUCGUCAAUUCAUCCGUUGGAAGGUUAUCCUCCCACACCCGCAACCACAGCUCCAACCACAACUCCAUCGUACAUCUCGGACUGGUCCCCAUCAUGCCUCUGAUAAAUCGCAUGUGCACCUAGCAGCCGAGCGUAGCCUGUGACGUAGGGCAUCGUCGCAUUACGCGUCAGUCGAACAGUAUCGACUUAUAGCCCGAGUAAUAAGUAGUCUUCAAUCUUAUCCAACCCAUCAU